AUGUGUCAGUAUCACAAAAAACUCAAGCAUAGAGUGUCGGUUAACCAGUAUCUGGAGGUCCCAGAUAUUGAGAUUGACAAGGCCAUUGGCCUAUUCCACAUCCACGGCCAUCAGGACUCAUGCCUCUUCCGCUAUGCCACUACCUUUAUUCCCGGAGCUGCAAAGAUCAAUGGAGAGAUCAUGGAAACCCUUUGGGCCAUUCUGAACAACAUUUCCCGUGCCUCAAGAACGCUUAUGCUAGCACACUGUUCAGAGAUGUAUGACGACCAUAUGAAUGAUAGCAAUUGGAAGAAACAGUGUGGAAUGGUUUCACACACAACACACAAGUUUGAGUGGGUGUGCAACAAUGUAGAAUCCAGUUUGGAGUAUUACAACAAGCUAACAAGUGUGGUAGAUUCUGCUGUGGUGUCAAAGUGGACGCAAGAGAUUGAACAUGCUGAGGCGAAGCGCUCGAAACACCCAGAAGCAAUGGAUAUCAUGAAUACAUGGGUUCCGAAGCAUACGUUUAUCCAAUUUUUAGAUUGGGAUAGCGACAAUAACCAUAAGGACAUCUUCAGCCCCUACUCUCGCUGA